AUGGAGAACGAGAUCAAUACCUGUAGGAGCGGCAGUAGUAGCUGUAGUAGCAGUAGCAGUACUAGCAGCACUAGUAGCAACAGCAGCAGCAGUGGUGAUAGUGAUAAGUGCUCGGAUGCUUCCAGUUCUAGUGAGAAGGAUAUUGAAAGUGAAAAUGACAAGGAUAACGAAGGCAGUCAAACGGUAACCAACAAAGUAAGAUUGGGGUUAAAAGGGAGUACAGGGCCUGCAACCGAUAACAGCAAUGGGAGCAGUGGAACUGUGGAUGACAAGGAGGUCAAAGUUGUAACACCGAAGCCCAUUGAAGGCAACGUUGGGCCUCUGACGACGAUGGUGAAAUUUAUAAAUCCUUUUAAAAACAAUUGGAUCAAUGCGGAUCGUUUGAACGAGCUCAGAAAAAAAGUACACGACGCAUCCAAACACCAUCGGGUGUUUUUAUUACGUGGCUCUUUUCACACCGUUAGACGGGCCUUGGUUGAACGAGGUUGGGUUGAAAAGUUGGAUGGAUUUCGUGCAAAGCCCCAAGCUACUACUUCAUCUUCUGGUUUUAUUUUGGAGGAUUUAGUUCAACAACUACCAGAACGGAAACCCGGUGAAUCUCGCAAAAAUCAUAUUGCCAAAUGUGAACGAAGCAUCAUGUCACGCUUUUUAGAGCACACGCCGAUAGAUCUUCUCUGGACAGCUCGUCGCGAAAAGGCUGAUUGGAUUGAUUUGACUAAAAACUCAACACUAAUCAUUAAUCGAUUCAGUAAGGCACCGUUCACGACGAAAGAAGGUCUAUGUUCGGCUCUCCAUGACUUCCACUGGUUUUACGAGGAAGGGAUGUCAGAAACAUAUUUCCCGCGUUGCUACAACGUGUGGAAUCCAGAAGAACUGAAUGAGUUUAUCGACAACUUUCGUCUUACCGCUUCGAUGGGACUUCUAAAGUGGUUAAUCGAAACAUACGCCAGGGAGGGAAUAGAAGCGAUUCUGUCCGACGAAGGGAAAGUUCCUGGAACGUGCAUUAGUUUUGCGUUGUCACGCUGCAAAGAGUAUUUGGAUUAUUGUUUGCACAAUGAUAUCGACGUCGAAGAGGAUGUAAAAAUUUGGGACCACGAUUGGGACGUUUUUCUGACGCACCAUUUCAUGUUAACGCAUGAAAACGGCAAAGUUCUGCUGGUGAAGGAGAGCGACGAUACGAAUAUGAUCAACAAUUGUGUGGCGGAUGCAAGGUCGGUGCUUGAGCAAAUUAAAAAUCACUGGCCGCAGUACUCGCUGGAUGGGUUUCUAAAUAUUUGGAUUGUCAAACCUGGAAACAAGUGCCGGGGAAGGGGGAUUCACCUUAUGAACAACAUCAAGCAAAUUAUUGCGAUGGUCAACCCACCCAUUGUUAGCAAAACGAGAUAUGUUAUACAAAAAUAUAUCGAACGUCCUCUCAUCAUCCACAACACAAAGUUUGACAUCCGACAGUGGUUCAUGAUAACCAGCGUGCAACCGUUAAUUAUCUGGUUCUACAAGGAGAGCUACCUUCGCUUCAGCUCGCAGCAGUACAAUCUCAUGAACUACCAUGAAUCGGUGCACUUGACCAACCAUGCCAUCCAGAAGAAGUACCACAAUGCGGUCCGAGACGAACGGCUUCCGCACGAGAACAUGUGGGACUGUCAUACCUUUCAGGCAUACCUGCGCCAGAUCGGCAAGUACGAGAUGUGGUCCGAGCGGAUCUAUCCGGGAAUGCAAAAGGCAAUCAUUGGUUCGCUGCUGGCGUGUCAGGAUAACAUGGAUCGGCGGCAGAACACGUUCGAGUUGUACGGAGCCGAUUUCAUGAUUACCGAGGACUUCUAUCCAUGGUUGAUCGAGAUUAACUCAAGUCCGGACUUGGCGCCCAGCACAAGUGUUACAGCCAGGCUAUGUCCGCAGUGUGUGGAGGAUACGAUACGAGUUGUUAUCGAUCGUCGCCACGAUUCGAAUGCAAACACUGGAUCCUUCGAAAUGAUCUACAAACAGAUAAUUCCGAAGACUCCCGCCUACAUGGGGUUAAAUCUUCAACUUCGAGGCCAUCGUAUAAUUCCUAAGAGUGCAGCGAAAAAAGAACGCCUGCGUAUGUUGCCAGUAAAACCUGUACAUAGUGUUCUACAUGUGUCACGAAUUAGUACAGCUUCCGCUCCGAAAGCAACCACGGGCCCUGUGAUAAUGGAUCUCAUCGACUGUCUACAGUUUGAUAACAAGGUGCAGCAUGAAGAAGAUGACAUGCACGGUCGGACAUCUCUAUUUAGAAAAUCUGGGUUUUCCCCAAGGCCUAAUCUACGGUAUGAUUUUGCUAAGAAAAAAUCCUAUAUUAUCGCCAAAUCGAGUGAUUUUUUCCGGAAGAAUCGUGGCUCAAAAUAUAUAACAGAAACUGAAACUUACAUCGACAAUAUUGAAGAUUGGGAACGAGCCACAAACAGCUUCUUUCACACAAACUAUGCCAACACACUCAGUGUGUUGAAUCGCAAUAAUCCUUCUCACACCGGCGAAGAAAAUCAAAUAUCACCAAACUCCAGCUGUAAUAAUCUAAAAUACUGUAUACCGAACACUGCCCAUUCCUCAAUCGCCAAUGAAAACAUUGAUGAAUACCAAACAAACAAUACGAAUACUGCCAAUAGUGAUAACGGAAACACCGCCAAUAGUGAUAUCCCUACCGGUUACAGUAGAUAUAAUAGGUUGAUUCCCAACAGUAAAAAAGUGGCGCUCACUUCGACGCUCAAUAACUUUUACACCCUUGGGCUAAGCCUACGGAAGCAUGCGGCGCCGAGUAGGAGUCCCAGAUCAUCCCGAACGAAUGCCGACUAUGCACAAUCAGCCGAAAAUUUAGUGGAUUUAGGGAAAUAUUGUUAA